AUGGGCAACGCAGUCAGCAGCUGCUGCAGGCCAAGGCGCAAGAACAGCUACGAGCCCCUUCUCCUAGAGACAGAGAGGGAGGCCGUAGCCGACUUGCUGCAGUAUCUUGAGAACCGAUCCACCACCAACUUCUUCGCCGGCGCGCCCCUGGCUGCCCUUACGACCCUCUCGUUCUCCGAGAACGUCGACCUUCAGCGAUCCGCGGCCCUGGCGUUUGCAGAAAUCACAGAGAAGGAAGUCAGAGAGGUUGGCAGGGAUACGCUCGACCCGGUCCUGUACUUGUUGAGCAGCCACGACCCCGAGGUACAGCGUGCGGCAAGUGCGGCCUUGGGCAAUCUGGCCGUGAAUGCGGAGAACAAGCUCCUUGUGGUGUCUCUUGGUGGGCUCGAGCCCCUCAUACGACAGAUGCUCAGCCCCAACGUGGAGGUCCAGUGCAACGCGGUGGGAUGCAUCACCAACCUGGCAACCCAUGACGAGAACAAGACGCAGAUUGCCAAGUCGGGCGCAUUGGUGCCGCUGACUCGCUUAGCCAAGUCAAAGGACAUGCGUGUACAGCGAAACGCCACUGGGGCGUUGCUCAACAUGACUCACUCUGACGAGAAUCGACAGCAGCUUGUGUCGGCUGGCGCCAUUCCCGUGCUUGUCAGCUUGCUCAACUCUCCCGACACGGACGUUCAAUACUACUGCACGACCGCUCUCAGUAACAUUGCUGUCGAUGUCAACAACCGGAAAAAGCUCGCCACCUCCGAGCCCAAGUUGGUGCAGAGCCUUGUCCAGCUGAUGGACAGUCAGAGUCUGAAAGUACAGUGCCAAGCGGCUCUGGCUCUGCGUAACCUUGCCAGUGACAGCAAGUACCAACUCGAGAUUGUCAAGUUUAACGGCCUCCAACCUCUUCUUCGCCUUCUUCACUCCUCUUAUCUGCCCCUCAUCCUUUCCGCCGCUGCUUGUGUCCGAAAUGUCUCCAUUCACCCCGCCAACGAGUCGCCCAUCAUUGAAUCUGGCUUCCUCCAGCCUUUGAUCGAGUUGUUGUCUUUCGACGAGAAUGAGGAAGUGCAAUGUCAUGCAAUCUCAACGCUGAGGAAUUUGGCAGCGAGCAGUGAGAAAAACAAGGGCGCUAUCGUGGAAGCGGGUGCGGUCGAAAAGAUCAAGAGUCUGGUCUUGACCGUUCCCUUGGCCGUUCAGAGUGAGAUGACAGCCUGUGUGGCAGUCUUGGCCCUCAGUGAUGAUCUCAAGCCUCAACUACUCGAAAUGGGUAUUUGCGAAGUCCUCAUUCCCCUCACCAACUCCCCCAGCGUCGAAGUGCAGGGCAACUCUGCUGCCGCUCUCGGCAACCUCUCCUCCAAGGCUGCCGAAGACUAUGCGCCUUUCAAUGCUGUCUGGAACAAGCCCGACGGUGGCCUUCAUGCCUAUCUCGUCCGAUUCCUCAGUUCUGCCGAUAUCACCUUCCAGCAUAUUGCCGUCUGGACGAUUGUUCAAUUGCUCGAGGCCGAAGACGAGCAGCUUACAAACAAUAUCCGCUCCUCCCCCAUCCUAAUCUCCUCUAUCCGCCAACUCUCUAAAUCACCCCCACCCUCUCACUCUGGCGGAAGACGUGACCCCACAGAUCCGUCAGGGGGCUCAUCAGACGAGGAGUUUGACGACGGCAUGACGGACCAGGAAGGAGAGGGCGAGAUUGUGUCUCUUGCGCGAAGGAUCUUGGACUUGACAGAGGUUGGGGAGGAAGAGGGGGACGCUUUCGAGUCCCUGCCCAGGCCAGUCGUCGCUGCAAGUCAAGGGGUGCAACAAUACUCUUCAGGCGGGCAGGGUAGUCAGGUCGGGAGUGUUGGGUCGGAGCAUGCGGCGUUGAGAGCGAGUAUCCACAGGGCGUUGAGCGGAGGUGGUCGAUGA